AGAGACAGAUAUGAAGUCAGCGUGCCUUGAGUUUCACUCAUCUGAAAUAGGGGAUAAAGGAAUUAAGCAACUGACCACUUGUUGCACUCUUAAAUGAGCCUAAGAGAAUAGGAUUUAAUUGGGUGUAAUGUGGGUGAUUGAAGCGGGCACUGUGCAAUGGGUGGAAACCAAAGCCUGGUAACUAUCUCAGCAGACCAGUCAUUAUAAAGGAAUUAAUCUCGCAGAUGAUUUAACUUACUAGUGUGAAGAGCCUUUGAUAUCCUUCAAAAGCACAGACGAUGGGGGAAGCAGGACAUUGAAUUAAUAUUAGCUGUACAAAAAUAAAAUCAGAGGAUAUUACACUGCAGAAAGCGGAUUCUGUUUUGGCUCAAAUUAUCAGUUUUCAUGCAUGGCUUGGCAAUUUGACACUGUCAGGAUGUGUGAAAGCUCAAAGACUGAAAAUAAGUAGAAGGAAUGAUGAUGAUCAUCCAAAACACCUCUGCAUGCUUUCUAGUGAAUGCUCAUGUGAAAUAACGGCAACGGCAAGUGAAGAGCUUCUCUUUGAGUCCAUGUAUAGCUCCAAGACUUCCCUGCUUAAGGUGUGGCCUACAUCACAGCCCAGGUGAUCAACACAUUGGACGUAACCUACGCCUAACUGACCGAUACUGUAUCAGUUGUUUUGCACAGAGACAAUGGCAGGGCAACAUCUCAUGUUGUGGAUCUUCACUCUGAGUCUUUCAUUUGAUCCCUCAGUUAGUCACAUUUCUGAGAUUGAUGGAAUAAAGGUUUAUGAUGUGGUUCGACCAAUCAGGAUACAUGACCUGCACAAAAGAGAUUUAAAGUCAAGACCUGACACAAUGAAGUAUGCUAUGACACUGGGUGGUAGAGACAUUGAAAUGCAUCUUCAGAGAAAUGAUGGUCUACUGACAGAUGAUUACAGUGAGAACCACUACACUGAAGAUGGGACGCUUGUCACAUCCACGCCUGAUGAUCUGGAUUUAUGUUACUAUCAUGGGAAAAUAGUGAACGACAGCGACUCAUCGGUUAGCAUGAGCACGUGUGAUGGACUACGAGGAUAUUUCCAGACAGCGGAGCAGAGGUUUCUGAUUGAGCCAUUAUCUGAAAACACUGAUGGCGAUCACGCUGUCUUUAAGUAUGAGGACAUUAAAGAGGACAAACCUGCGGUUUGUGGAGUAACCAACACUACUUGGGAUAAGAGUGAGGAUGGCACUCCUCCACGCCUCAGCAAAUCACGUUCUCGUUCCUCAGGGCCAACUUUGUUCCAGCAACAAAAGUACAUUGAGUUGUUCAUUGUGGCCGACAACAGGGAGUUUAAAAAAAUGGACAGCGAUCUCAAAAAGUUGAGAAACAGGAUAUUUGAAAUCAUCAACUUCAUCAAUAAUGUUUAUAAAGAAAUCAACACAUUUGUGGCUCUGACUGGGUUGGAAGUGUGGACAGACACCGAUAAGAUAACCGUAUCCUCUGUUGCUGGAGCAACCUUGGAUGGCUUUAGCAAGUGGAGGAGCAGUGAUCUCAUGAAAAAAAAACGGCAUGACAAUGCCCAACUUCUCAGUGCGAUUGAUUUUGAAGGAGCGACUGUGGGCCUAGCUUACAUUGCAACUGCGUGUGGAGGUCUCUCAACGGGGAUUAUACAGGAUCAUAAUGCGAGGGCCAUAGCUGUUGGGGCUACAAUGGCCCAUGAGAUGGGUCACAAUCUUGGCAUGAACCAUGACACCAACAUCUGCAGCUGUACUGAAAAAACCUGCAUCAUGACACCCGCUCUCAGCUAUGUGAUCCCUCAACAUUUCAGCAGCUGUAGUACUGGAAGCUUUGAGCAGUACUUGAACACCAAAAACCCGGAAUGUCUUCUAAAUGUGCCCAAAGCCAUAGAUUUGCUUCAGCCUGCAGUGUGUGGUAAUGGGUUUGUGGAGAAAGGAGAAGAAUGUGAUUGUGGAACAUUGCAGGAGUGUACAAACCCAUGCUGCAAUGCGACCACCUGCAAAUUAUCAGAGGGCUCACAAUGUGCAGCGGGAGAUUGUUGUGACAAUUGCAAGAUAAUGUCACCGUCACAUAUGUGUCGUCCAGUAAACAAUGAGUGCGAUCUACCCGAGUACUGCAGUGGAAAAGCAGCUGAAUGUCCUGAAGAUGUCUUUACAGUCAAUGGACUUCCUUGCAUGAAUGAAAAAGGCUACUGCUUUAACGGACAGUGCCCGUUAAAAGAAGACCAGUGCGUUAAAAUGUGGGGUCCGACUGCCGAUGUGGCUCAAAACAAUUGCUACGACAAAAACACAAGAGCACAGUACUUUGCCUACUGCAAGCGCACUGCUGAUCAAUAUAUUGGAUGCCAGAAAGAAGAUAUUAUGUGUGGAAAACUGUUCUGUGAAAAUGGCAAUAAAAAUCCUAAUUACGGACGCCUGGUACAAUUCAACAACUGUAAAGCUACUUUCUACAGCAACCCUGCCGAAGAUUAUGGACAAGUUGACACUGGCACCAAAUGUGAUGAUGGGAGGGUUUGCAGCAAGAAUGAGUGUGUUGACUUAGAGACGGCUUACAAAGCAACCAACUGCUCAGCCAAGUGCAAAGGACAUGGGGUGUGUGAUCACAAACUGGAGUGCAGAUGUGAGCCUGGUUGGUUGCCACCGAACUGUGAUACACCAGUAUCAAGUGAAGGCUUGUCUCCAGAUGCAAAAAUAGCCAUCGCCGUGAUUGUCUGUCUGCUGGUUGGGAUCAUUCUGAUUGGGCUGGGCGUCUUCCUGUUCAAACGGAGACAGAGAAGACCAACUGGCCUUCCAACCCAUAGGAAAACUCAUGUGGUCGACAUUCCCAGCUACAGCCAACAGAGACUGAUGACGCCUAACCAGAAACCAACAGCAGUAAGAACAUCUAUCUAUCUAUAAUUUAUCUAAAAAAAA